AGAACAAGUUUUACCAGCUGCCUUCUUAUGGCGCAGUUCUGUUAUGAUUAUUUCCUGAACACAUUGGUCUGAGCCGGAGGUUUAUGAGGAAAAAAUUCAGGAAGUGGAGAGUUAACAAAUGCGAGCUCAGUAUGUAUAUUGGUAUGGGAGUGGAUAAUCAUCCUGUAUAUAUAAUAGGCAGAGGAAGGUGGCAGUAAGACACAGAGCGCUGCCCUGGAUUACACUGCAGGGAUUUGCCAGGUAAUUCCUGAAGCCAAAAGCUGAAGCUGAGAUGGGGAAGAUGCUGCUAUGGGCUGGCUUGGCCAUUCUUGUGCAGUUGCAGCUGGGCUCUGCCUACAAACUUGUGUGCUACUUUACUAACUGGUCUCAGUACAGGACUGGACCAGUCAAGUACACUCCAGAAAAUGUGGACCCAUUCUUGUGUACCCACUUGAUCUAUGCUUUUGCUGGGAUGGAUAACCAUAAGAUCACUACUGUGGAAUGGAAUGAUGAAACCUUCUACAGGCAGUUCAAUGCCCUAAAGGAGAAAAAUAAGAAACUUGUCACACUCCUGGCUGUUGGAGGUGGAAGCUUUGGUACCCAAAAAUUUACUGCCAUGGUUUCCUCGUCUGCUAAUCGCAAAACAUUCAUCAACUCGGUGAUUGAUUUUCUCCGCAAGUAUAAGUUUGACGGGCUAGAUCUUGACUGGGAAUAUCCUGGUUCCAGGGAAAGCCCUCCAGAGGACAAGCGUCACUUCACCAUUUUGGUUCAGGAAAUCGUAGCAGCUUUUGUUGAAGAAGGACAAAGAACAAGACGUGCAAGGCUGUUGGUUUCAGCAGCUGUGUCUUCCAGUAAGGACACCAUGGAUGCUGCAUAUGAAGUUGCUGCACUGGGGAGGAGUCUUGAUUUUAUCAAUGUGAUGACCUACGACUUCCAUGGAAGUUGGGCAUCUGUCACAGGACACAACAGCCCCUUGCACAAGGGCUCGGAUGACUAUGACAAAGUUCCCUUCUACAACUGUGAAUAUGCUAUGAAAUACUGGCAAGACAAUGGUGCCCCAGCUGAGAAACUCAUUAUGGGAUUCCCAACGUACGGACGAACUUUCAAGCUUUCUACUACAAAUACUGGGGUUGGGGCUCCGGCUUCCGGGGGUGGAUCUCCUGGGGCCUAUACUGGUGAAUCUGGCAUCUUGGCUUACUUUGAGGUUUGCAUGUUCUUAAAAGGAGUCACCACCAGAUGGAUUGAAGCACAGAAGGUCCCAUAUGCCUUCAAAGGCAGAGAGUGGGUCGGAUAUGACAAUGUGAGAAGCUUUGAGAUCAAGACCCAGUUCCUGAAGGAGAAGCACUAUGGAGGAGCCAUGGUUUGGGCUCUUGGCAUGGAUGACUUCACUGGCUCUUUCUGCGGUGAAGGAGCCAACCCUCUUGUAGGGAAGCUGAAGGCUCUCCUUGGAAACUGAGAGCCAAAUCAUUGGACAAGGAAGGAGCCUAGCAGGGAGGGAAACAUCAUAUUUAUUGUCCAGGGACCUGAUCCAAUGUCCACUGAAGUCAAGGGGAG